CUCCGCGCAGUUGCCGCCGAGCGAACGAGCGCUGCCUUGGACGCCGCCCUCAACGCCGCAGCCGCCCGAGCGCGAGGGAGCAGCGCGAGCUCUAGCAGCCUGCUGAUAUGCGCCGUCCGCCGACACAGGAUCAUGCGGCGAGCAGCUGAUGCCGGGCGAGUCGGGCAGCACGCGAGCCGGCCACCGCGCUGGAUGCGGACGCUGGCGGAGGCGGCGCCGGUGCUGCUGCCGCUGCUGCUGCUGCUGCUAGGAUCGGCGGCCGCGGCGACGGCGGCGGCCGGCCCGACGAGCGCCAGCUGCGGCCUGGCCGAGCUGGGCUGCCGGCAGGGCCAGUGCGUGCCCGUGGACGCCUACUGCAACGGGGUGGACGACUGCGGCGACGGCAGCGACGAGCCGCCGCUGUGCACGCCCUGCAACCGCACCUACCACGGGCGCGAGGGCCGCACCUACCGGCUGGAGCUGGCGCGGCCCGACGAGGGUAGGCUGCCGUUCCUCUGCCACCUGACCUUCACGGCGGGCGGCCAGGGCCAUGGGGAGCUCGUGCAGCUGCUGUGGGACGCCUUCAGCAUCGGGCGGCUCGAGCGCCGCGGCCGAGGCUCCGCCCGAGGGCGACCCGCGGCCGAGGAGGCCGGUGGGGGCAGCUGUCCCGAGGGCUCAAUGCAGCUGGCUGAGCUGGGAAGGCCGUUCACGGGCGGCUCGUGGUGUGGACCGGGAGAGGCCCUUCGCGCUACGUACUACAGCGAGACCAGCACCGUGACCGCCUCGAUCCGGCUGUUCGCCGCGCCGGCCUCGGUGCCCUUCGAGUUCCGGCUGCGCUACCGCUUCGUCUCGCGGGUGGAGGCGGUAGCGCGCCUCGGCAGCCCCGAGGCGCCGCUCGAGCGCGGCAGCCCGGUGCCCGGCACCUACUGCUCGCGCAACUUCCACGAGUGCUACCGGCGCAGCUGCCGCGUGCAGAGCCCCAACUACCCGGGCGAGUACCCGCGCAACGCGAGCUGCCUAAUCGUGCUGCGCCAGAAGGAGGUGCCCACCUGCAAGCACGCCAUGAUGUCGGUGCGCAGCUCGCCGACGCGCAACGCCAGCGGCGGCGCGGCCCACGGCGCGCUCAGCGUCUGGCAGGACUGCCCCGAGGACCGCGACCGGCUGCUGCUGCACGACGGCGCGCGCCCCGAGGACCCGGUGCUGCUCGUCUACUGCGGCGGCCCGCUGCCGCGCGUCACGGCGCGCGGGCCCGCGAUGCUGGUGCACUUCGUCAGCUCGCCGGUGGCCGUGCCGCUGGGCGCCGCCGCGCUGCGCUUCGAGCUCGAGACCCAGGUGGUGUACGUCGACUCGGACGGCCUGGACUACGCGCAGACGGCCCAGGGCUGCUACUUCUCGGUCAACGACACGGCCAGGCGAAGCGGGGCGCUGCGGGCGCCGCUGCACGCUCUGCCACCGGGCACCAACUGCACCUGGAGCUUGCGGGGCUCGCUGGGCGACCGCGUCUGGUUUUACUUCGCCUCCUACUCGCAGCGCGACUUGCGGGGCCUGGCCGACGGCAACGCGACGCUGUCGCAGCAGCAGCAGCAGCAGCAGCAGCAGCAGCAGCAGGUGGAGCCCGAGUGCGCGGUCAAGUUGACCUUCUGGGACGGGGCAGCGAGCACGGGCCUGCCGUUGGCGGUGCUCUGUGACGAGAGCCCGCGGCUAUGCGCACACGCGGCCCUGCGCAACACCACCCGCAGCACCAGACCCUGCCGGCCGGACGAGUCCUACCUGACGCAGACGCCCAGCCUGACCAUCCGCAUGGAGAGCGUGGCCGGCACGGCCCUGAAUAGCGUCAACUUCAACGCGAGGUACGAGUUCGUGGGCACGCUGCAGGGCGGCGAACAGUGGGUCGAGGGCGCGGCCUGCUCGCGGCUGUGGCGGCGCGUCAAGAGCGGCCGCCUAAGCUCGCCGCGGGACCUGCGGCUCUACGGGCGCGGCGGCGCGCGGCGCCUCGACUGCCGCUACCGCGUGGAGGCGGCCGCGGGCGAGCGCGUCAAGCUGACGCUGCACAACGUCAGCCUGGGCGAGGCCACGGCCUGCGGCAGCGAGCUCGACCCGCACAGCGGCCGGCCGCGCUGCGCCCACGAGCCCGGCAGCCGCGAGGCGCGGCUCAGCCUGUUCGAGGCGCCCUGGCGCGACGUGCGCCUGCCGCGCGCCUGCCUCUGCGACGGCAACGCGUCCUCGGGCGGCCUGCUGCCGCUCAGCCACCUGACCUCCGGCCGCGCCCUCGAGCUGCACUUCUUCGUGGACCGCAUGAGCCCCGACGAGGACUUCGACAGCCUGUUCUUCAACGCCAGCUUCGAGAUCGUGCGCGCGCCCGAGUGCCCGCGCAAGCAGCGCGUCCGCGGCGAGGGCGGCGAGCUGCGCUUCGUGACGCCGCCGUUGUCGCGGCCCGACAUCUACUGCGAGGGCAUGCCCUGGCUGGUGGAGGCGCGCGAGAACCGCUCGCUGUUCGUGCUCACCUGGGGCUGGCUGCUGCCGCUCGAGCCGGCCGCCGCGGGCGAGGCCGCCGAGGCCGCCAAGUGCCCCACCGCGAACCGGCUGCUGCUCUACUCCGGCUGGCCGCCGCGGCUGCACAAGGUGGUCUGCCCCGCGGAGCCGGGCGCGCGCGAGUACACCGUGCACGUGUUCUCCGAGGAGUGGCUGGGCGCGGAGGAGCGCGCGCCGGGCGCGCCCGCCGGCCGCUCGGCUGCGCUGCUGCUGGACUUCGUGGCGCGCGAGCCCGGCCAGGCCGCCGCCUCCUGGCUCGAGAUCUCCAAGAGCCGCGCGGCGCUGCGCAGCCAGCUGCGCCUGCUGCCCGAGCGCGAGGCCGAGAACGGCAGCCUGACGCGCGACUGCCCGCACAAGUGCCCCGAGCUCGGCGCCUGCAUCGCCGCCACGCUCUGGUGCGACGGCUACGCGCACUGCCCGUCGGGCCACGACGAGGCCGACUGCGGCGCGGGCGCGCGGCUGCUCGGCCUGCUGCCCUCGGCCGUCUGGCUGCUGGUGGCCGCCGCGGCCGGCGUGCUCGCCGCCGCCGCCUGCGUCUCCGCCAUCGUCAUCGGCCAGUCGAAGGCGCGCGCCAAGCGGCUGCAGUACGAGGGCGGCGCGGGCGCCCGGCCGCCGAGGCGCGCGCCCACCGAGGAGAGCCUGCUGGGCGGCGCGCGCCGCCGCGCCCCCUCCUGACAGCAGCUGCAGCCCGGCCUCGUGGAGUACAUCCACGUGGACCGGGAGACCACCGUCUGAGGGCCGCCCGCCCGGCCGAAAGUGUGCCAACCGACUGCCGAUCCCGCGCGGAUCGCUCCGUUUGCCGCGCGACCUUUCGCACGAGUAGAAUCUCCGUCGCCUCGUCUGCGGCGCUCCGAACCCAACGCUGUAUCUCACAAGUAACCUAGCAAAGUAAACUCGUUCCUCGCGACUCUCCUCUACUUUCCGUGGGCAGAAUCGGACGCGGCGCAGCCCGCGACACUCGGCCGACUCUGCGGCGGGACGCUCCGAGCUUCCGGGCGACCGAGCGACUCGGCGACCGACGGCGAGUGCGAAAUGGCGAACGCGCGUCAAUUGAUCGCGGGCGUGCGAUGCGUCCUUCGUUAAUCAAACGACCGCCGCGACGCGGCUCGCACUGCAAGACUGGACGGGCGCUCGCGUGGACUAUACAUAUAUAUAUAUAUAUAUAUAUAUCGUUCGAGCGACAAGCCGAACAAUUGAUUACCGUAGAGCGACAUAUGUAGAUAACAGAUAUUUAUUAUAUACGUUAUAUUGUAAAUAAGCGCGGCAAGCGAUGGCACGCGCGACGAUGUUUGGCCGGCGAGAGGAAACGUCGCUCGGACACCGCACCGUCGUUCAGUGGUCGCGUGCACUGACAUCGCGAAUGGCAACCUGCAAAUGGGGGGCAGGGGGAGGGGGCGGACACCCGAAAUGAAAGUAGACGGGAAACGUGCAGCUCCUAUUCCGCGAGACUAGAUUCACCGACCAUGGGCUGCCGUACAGGCGUUCGUCGUUCGCGAUCUCGGGCAAUGUCGUUGCGCGACCGCUCGCCGCGACGGCCCACUCAACGCACGCGCACGCCCAACGCGGUGGGGACGCCAAUCGAGUGCACAGUAUCCCGUUACAAUAGGAAUUGAAUUAUUAUACGAUCCUGCCUCUGCGCAGCAUCGCGCUGCGUUCGUUGUCGUCGGUAUAUACGUCUAUUAUGCACUUGAACAUCGGCUUGUUCGAAAGAGAAAAGAAAAGAGAAAAAACGAAAAAGAAAAAAAGAAAAAAAGAGUCAAUCGCGUUGAUUCGGCCCGUUACGUACGAGCGAACGCCACGCCGAUCGUAACAAUCCGAUAGGAUCAGCAAUGAUAGCGCGAACGAACGUCGCCCCGUGAAUUGAGCGAAAUUGAGGAGCGCGGCCGGCCUGCGGUGCGCGUGCCGCAGGCGAAUUGUGAUAGUACGUAGCUCAUCAGUAGAACGCAGUAGUCGGUCCGCGAUUUCGCAGCGCCCGCACACCGCACGCGACAGUCUCGCCUGCCCGAGCUGCCUCGUUCCGAAACCGGCGGCCGCCGUUCUUUGCGCGGCUCCGACCGAACCGACUGCCGGCGGACUAGUCUGCGGUUUGGACGCUCGGAAGAGAUCCCCUGCACUUGCGGGAUCGCUUGGAGCCCGACGCACGAGGGCUUGCUUUACUUGCCGAGCGAACCCACUACAGGCUAGCAUUUGAUAAGUCGAUGGAGCGGAGAGAGGAGAUCAGCAAAAAUGCACCACUUACGCUAUUUCACUGCAAUGAAUUUUUCCUUAUUCCAAGUGUAAGGUAGUAUUGUAGAAUACGAGAGAUGCACAGAGGUGUGAUUGUAGAAAUAGUCGGCGAGAGCUUAGCUCUCGGAAGCCGCGCCGCACUGAGUCGGCGAACGUUACGCAACAAGUGCGAGGACAACGGGGAUCCCGGGAGUCGCCGUGUGCACGCGCUCAGCCCAACGGAGACGGACUGUGGUGACUCGUCAUUCAAGUUUUUCGCUCGCAGUGACUGCUCUCCGUUUGUUAUCUCUGUCACUCGGUUGCAUUCUCCUUCUUGUUCUCGGUCGUCGUUUCACGCGACACCCGCAAAUUUUCCAUUCGUAAUUUUAUAUACUUGAUUAUGGAGCAAAUCAUCUCCAACUGUAUUAUCCACGUGUUUCAUCGACUGUUGAAAGAAAAGACAGGUUGUUCAUGUAGUUACCGUUGCACUUGUCAAUCGUAACUAUGUUUUUUUUAUACUUAUCAUUUAAAUAUGAAUUAUAAUAAAAAGAAACCUAUAGAA